AUAAAGAAUGGCACUAUACACAAAAGAUAUAGCUCAUGUUCUUCUAUUUAUCUGGACGAUAGUACUGUAAGCCAACCCAAUUUAAGGUGUACGCUAAAGUGUUUUAUAUGUUUUGCCUUACGUAUGUAUAGACAUGAUCCUCCCAGGCUUAAAGAUAUCUUCGAUGAAGAACUACAUCCUUUAAUGCGGCCCGUCAGAAAGGAGACGAUAAUAAAUUUACCUGAGCACCGCCAUGUCUAUAAAUUUUUCAAAACUUUAUUUUCUUCCGCACAGCUUACUGCAGAAUGUGCCAUUAUUUCUUUAAUUUAUGUGGAACGAUUAAUGGAAUAUGCCGAGAUUGAUAUUCAUCCUAGUAAUUGGCGACGAGUAGUUUUAGGCGCAAUUUUAUUAGCAUCAAAAGUAUGGGACGAUCAAGCCGUUUGGAAUAUAGAUUACUGCCAAAUUUUAAAGGAUACCACAGUCGAAGAUAUGAAUGCGUUAGAAAGAGAAAUCCUUCAGUUGAUCAUGUUUAAUAUCAAUGUUCCGUCUAGUAUUUAUGCCAAAUAUUACUUUGAUUUAAGAACUGUUGCCGAUGAAAAUAAUUACAUAUUACCUACUGAACCUCUCAGUACAGAAAGAGCGAGAAAGUUAGAGGUAAACGUUAUUCCUAUGUAUCAAAGCGUAUGA